AUUGCAAUCGCUGGCGGCACUGGCAACAUUGGCAGAACCAUCAGCGACGCCCUAGUCGCCGCCGCAAAGUACAAAGUGAUUGUGCUUGCCCGUGAGGUAAAUACAAAUCAUCAUUCAUCAUUAAAGCUAUCCAUCCCAAGGCUUGUUCUGACAUGCGCUCCCUCGCUUAUCAGCGUCGACUACAACGACAUCAAUGCUGUAACCACCAUAUUAGAGAAUAAUAAUGUCGAUACGGUCAUUUCUACCAUCAGCGUUAUAACGCCAGAGUCUGGAGUAGCUGAACGCAAUCUCAUCAAGGCGGCUGCAAAGGCGGCGCCCACGAAACGCUUCAUUCAGAGUGACUGGGGUGUACCCGCACCUUUGGAAAGCAACCUUCUCUUGCCGCAGCAUCAAGUCCGUCUUGCCUCAAUGGAGCAACUCCGCCAAACAGACCUCGAAUGGACACGGUUCCACGUUGGCUAUUUCCUCGACUACUAUGGCAUGCCGCACAUAGAGACUCAUCUUCCGGCGCCAUUCGCUUUCGUCUUUGAUAUCCCCAACAAAGUGGCAGCCAUUCCAGGCAGCGGCAACGAUGUCUUCUCGCUUACAUAUACGCGAGACGUAGCCAAAUUCGUUGUCAAGGCACUCGGGUUGCCUAAAUGGGAAGAAGAAACGUUUUGUUAUGGCGAUAAGGUGACAUGGAAUCAGGUUCUGCAGCUUGCUGAAGAUGCGACCGGAUCCAAGUUCAAUGUUACCUAUGAUGGCAUCGAGAAGCUUGAGAAGGGAGAGGUUACUGAACUACCAUCCCAUGCCAUGGCCUACGAGCAUUUUCCAAAGCCACUUCUACAAAACUAUUUCUCAAAGUUCAGCUUGUACAUCAUCGCCGGCUUGUUCGAUAUGCCAGCAGACAAAUCUCUCAACAAGGUAUUCCCAGAGGUAAAGACAACCACCGUGAAGGAAGUUCUAGAUCUCUGGAAGGGUAAAUAG